AUGCGCAUCAUGAUCAAAGGCGGCGUGUGGAAGAACACGGAGGACGAGAUCCUCAAGGCCGCGGUCAUGAAGUACGGCAAGAACCAGUGGGCGCGCGUCGCGUCGCUGCUGAACCGCAAGAGCGCCAAGCAGUGCAAGGCGCGGUGGUACGAGUGGCUCGACCCGUCGAUCAAGAAGACCGAGUGGACGCGCGACGAGGAGGAGAAGCUGCUCCACCUCGCCAAGCUCUACCCCUGCCAGUGGCGCACGGUGGCGCCCCUCGUCGGGCGCACGGCGGCGCAGUGCAUGGAGCGCUACGAGCGGCUCCUCGACGACGCGGAGCGCGAGAUCGCCGGCGAGGGCGGCGCCGAGGGCGGCGGCUCGUCCGAGGAGGUGCGGCGGCUCCGGCCCGGCGAGAUCGACCCGAACCCCGAGGUGCGCCCGGCGCGGCCCGACCCCGUCGACAUGGACGAGGACGAGAAGGAGAUGCUCAGCGAGGCGCGCGCGCGCUUGGCGAACACGCGCGGCAAGAAGGCGAAGCGGAAGGCGCGCGAGGCCCAGCUCGACGAGGCGCGGCGCCUCGCGUCGCUCCAGAAGAAGCGCGAGCUCAAGGCCGCGGGCAUCUACACGAGCCGCUUCGGCGGCCGCUCGAACAAGAAGUACAUGGACUACGACGCGGAGGUGCCGUUCCAGAAACUCGCGCCCGCGGGCUUCUACGACGUCUCC